CAUGAUUAUGCAUAUAAGGGACCCAACACACAACACGCCCUUCAUAUAUCAUCUCUUGAUCAAUACAAAGUGCAGCCUGUGAUAUGCACACCAACUGUUUGUAUAAAUUCCCAAGUGACUUGGGACACUUUUAUUAAGAAGAAAUGGAUGGAGUGGAAGCUACCUGAAGCUUCAGAAUCUGCAUAAACUGGUCUUGUUUGUGGGUAUUCUGUCGGUUUCGGUCUGCUUCCGGUGAACUUCUGGGUUGUUUUAUAAGUUAUAUCUGUCAUUGAAGAUCAUUCAUUGCAACAUAUUUGGCUUAAAAACAAGAAAAGAUGGUGCAUUUCUCGUCUUUGUUGAGCGGAUUUUCACCGAAAAACGGGAAGAAACGGAGGAUUAAUCUUGGAAGAGAAGCUACUAUUGCUUUGGCCAAAGAAGCAAGGAAAAACGGGUUGUUAUUGACGUCUCCUGGUAACGUUAGUGCCAAAUGGUCUGAUAAUUAUGUUUCCGCCUAUUCUAAGGGCGGAAAUAAAGGAAUUAAUCAAGAUUGUUUCAUUGUAUGGGAGGGGUUUGGAGGGAAGGAAGAUGUGAUGUUUUGUGGUGUUUUUGACGGGCAUGGGCCGUGGGGGCAUCUCGUGGGAAAACGAGUGAAGAAAGUAAUGCCGGCUUAUUUGCUUCAUUAUUGGCAGGAAGCUAUGGCGCAAUGUUCGAUCUUGAUGAAUGGGGAGUUGUUUAAGAAUGCAAACUUUGACCAGUUUGGUAUGUGGAAGAAAUCUUUCUUGAAGGCUUGUUCUACAGUUGAUUAUGAUCUUGAGCUUCAUCCUGUAAUUGAUUCCCUUUACAGCGGUACAGCUGCGUUGACUAUCAUUCGCGAGGGGGAUCUUAUUGUGUUAGCAAAUGUUGGUGACUCUCGAGCCGUUCUAGGGACAACUUCAGACGAUGGAAGCCUUGUAGCUGUGCAGCUUAGUGUAGACUUCAAACCGAAUUUACCUCAGGAAGCCGAGAGGAUACAUCAGUCAGGAGGGCGUGUGUGUCAAGCAGAAGAUGAGCCAGGAGUGUCCAGGAUUCGUGCUUCGAUUGAUGAGGAACCGGAAGGACCAGGGCUGGCUCUUUCAAGAGCCUUUGGUGACUUCUUUGUUAAAGAUUUUGGUCUUAUUUCUGAGCCAGAUGUAAUACAAAGAACCAUAACUGCACGCGAUCGUUUUGUUAUCUUGGCGACCGAUGGGGUAUGGGAUGUUGUCUCAAAUGAAAAGGCAGUUGAGAUUGUUUCAGCCGGAAAGGAGGAAUCGGCGAAAAAGUUGGUAGAGUAUGCAGCCGCUCAGUGGAAGCGUAAGCGGCCAGGAUACGCGGCUGAUGACAUAUCGGUUGUCUGCCUAUUUCUCCACAAUCCAUGAUCAUCUUCUUCAUGGAUGUUGGCAUAUGGUGAUAAGCAAUGUCUCAUUGCUGUUAGUCUAUAUAUUGUAUGUAAUUGUGAUAAUAUCAGCUAAUCCUUUCUUAUGUUUUUCUCUAAGUAAGAUAUAUUUCUUCGUUUAUAUGGUCUUAUUUCUUCGUUCUUCG